UGCCCACCAGCUCCCUGCUUCAGCUUGCACACUCAGUCACAGACAGGCCAAGUUCAGAGAUGGGGAGCAUGGAGGUGUCCAAGCCGUCGAAGCGCCUGUCCCCGAAGCGCAGCAGCAGCUUCAAGCUGAGCCUGUUCUGCGGCCAGUGCAAGGCCACGGCGGUGUCGUCGCCGCCGGACUCCCCCACGGCGGCCGCCGCUGGCGCGAGGUCGCUGUCGUCGUCGUCCGCGUCCGCGUCCGCGUCGUCCUCGGGCACGUCCCGCGGGCGCGACCGCACCGCGGAGCUGCGCGAGAUCUUUCGCCACUUCGACCGCGACAUGGACGGCCGCAUCUCCGGCGCGGAGCUGCGCGAGUUCUUCGCGUCCAUGGGCGACGGCGGCAGCCUGCAGGCGCUGGGGCUGAAGGACGGCGGCGGAGCCGGAGGGGCCGUCGACCUCACGCUCACGCUCGGCUUCGACGACUUCGUGUGCGUCGUGGAGAGCAAGGGCGGGGAGGAGGAGGAGCGCGAGGACCUGCGCCGCGCCUUCGAGGCGUUCGAGGCCGUCAAGGGGUCCGGCCGGAUCACGCCGCGCGGCCUGCAGCGCGUGCUCAGCCAGCUCGGCGACGAGCCGUCCGUCGCCGAGUGCGAGGCCAUGAUCCGCGCCUACGACGACGACGGCGACGGCGAGCUCGACUUCCACGACUUCCACCGCAUGAUGAGCCAGGGCUAGCUAGUCUAGGCAAGCCGGCCGGCCGGUCGGUCCAUCCUGUGAUACGUCAUAUCUUGUUCCAGCCAACAAUGUUUUCAUUAGCUAGGAAGUUUUUUAAUUUCCGCGUUGCCUUCGGUUCGUGUGCUUGUGUUUGAUGGCGGGCGAGCGUGUGCACAGCACGCAUACGUGCGCGUGACUUUAGAAUGUGGUGCCUGUGUGCUUCGGAGUCUGAUUUUAUCUGUGUACUCUAGAGACAGUGAUCCCAUAUUCCCAUGUAUGUAUUUGAGUGAAAUUUACGAGCGGCCUUUAAACGAA